AUGAGUGAUAUGUGUAUUCCACUUAGAGAAGAGCCUGUCCCAGAUCCAGCACGAAAUUCGUCUUACUGUUUGACAGUGGUCGACUCGCAGAGGCACGAGGGUGACAAAGCACCGAGAAGAAGAUCGGAACAAAUCCUAUCAUCGAAUCUCGUGGAUACGGAACCAGAAGAUCCUCUGAACGAAUCACACCGAUGCAAUUCCCUCAUCGAGUCAGACCACGACUCGGAAAAUUUACAGAACAGUAGGAAAAAGUUUAAAAUAUUGGAAGCAGAGUUUGAAACCGGUUCAGCGAAGAUAGAAGUCGACUUGACCAUUCUAAAGAAAGACGAAGUCGAGGUGGAUCAAGUUUUGGAUAAGAUUAGAAACACUUGCCCCUUCUGCGAGAAACGUUUCGACAACGCGAAGAAGGUAGAGAAUCACGUGACCUACGUGCACCGAAAACCCUAUAAAUGCGACAUGUGCAAAAGAGCGUGUCACACUGCUCGAGCGUUGGAAGAGCACAAGAUGAUCCAUCGACCGGAUUACUUCUUCGAGUGCGAGAUCUGUCGCGUGAAGUAUAAAAGCGAGGACAGUCUGAAGAGACACAACAUGCGUACUCACAGCGACUACGAGUCGAAGUACGUGUGCGAACACUGUGGUCGCAGCUACAAGCUGAAGAUCGACCUGACGCAUCACAUGAAGAGGGCUCACGUCUCGGAGUUGCAGAUCUGUCGAUUUUGCGGCAAAGAGGUGAAAGACGUGAAGGGCCACGAGUGGAGACACCAGAAACGCAACAAAGAAGUGAAAUACGAGCACUCUUGUCAUUUAUGUCGCAAGAAGUUCCAUCAUAGGAGCAGACUGGACAAUCAUUUGAGACUCCACGAGAAAGGCUUCAAGUGCGAGGAGUGUGGCAAAGAAUAUCGAGGAACUCGUGAACUGAUGAGUCACAAGAGGUUCAAGCAUGGCCAGGCCAAGAUUCUCACCUGUAUACUGUGUCAAAAAGCCUUCCCUUCCAACAGCAACUUUUAUCAACACGUGUUAACGCACGCUGGUAUCAGACCGUAUAAGUGUGACGUUUGCGAAGAGGAUUUCACGCAACGUUCCAGUCUUCUAAGACACAGGAGACAUCAUCCUGGACCACUUCCGCCGUUGCACUCCACUCAUCCUCAGAUCGCUGAGUUGGCUAGAAGUUAUCUGCAGAAGCUACAGAGUGACCAGAUCGACAAAAGCUGCGUGUUGAACGCGAAAUUAUGA